UCGAAGCUAUGUUUAAACGCUGAUGGUUGGGCUAUUAUCAGUCGUGGACACAGCUGUGGCAGUUGUACAAGCAGAAAUCGUCAGACGGUGCUCAACACAAAGCGUGCAGUGAUUAGCUUGAACGAAGUGCUCGAAGAAGACCCCAAAUGAUAAAGCAAAGAAAAUAAAUGCAUGAAUAUAAAAAUUAAUAAAGAACUGAAAAAGCGAAUUGAAUAGCGAAAUAAUAAAAAGAAAAGUAGAAAAAAAAAUUAUAAAAAAAUAAAUAUAAAUAUUUCUGAUAAUUAUUGCUUAUUCGCUUUUAAGCAAAGUAGGAAGUACUAAUCUUGCGUGCCUUUUCGGUUAUUAUUGUCCGCAUAUUAAAGCACAUAGACGAAAAUAUAUAUCUAUAUAUAUUGCGCGGGUGUUAAACAACCAGCGGAAAUAUUAGCUUGAAUUUUAAAAUUUUUUUUUCGAUUUUUCGUCGUUGUGGUGAGCUUAGUGCACGUGUUGAUGUCGCGAAUGUGAUAAGAACGCAUAAGAGUUAACGAUAAAACAGAAAUAAAAGUUAGUAAUAAUCAAAAUUUACUACGCCAAAUUACUUAAGAAAUAUACGAAAACAAUCGCUAAAAACAUUAAAACAUUAAAAAAAAUUAUAUAUAUAAACUAAGAAAAUAAUUUUUUUUGGUUUUGCUGAUUUCGUCACUUGUGUGCCUGGCUCUGGUUGGUUCCAGUGCGCACGCGAACGGUGUGUGAGCGAAGUAAAGGCGGUUUUUUCUCUUUCCUUAUUUUUUAUUUACUGACAAAGCGUUUUACGCUGAUCCAAAAGCUUUAAAAUGUUUAAAAUGCGCCAAACUUCAUGGUCUCUGAGACCGGCAUUGCCGCUUUUGAUGCUGGCGUUUUUCAUGCUGACAGUAAGCCCCAUCGAUGGUAAAACUUACGAUCUUCGUACGGCUCGACACAAACGUGCGCCUAAAGAAAGUAUAGAUCGGCAUCAUUCGCCGCAAGGCACAAAGAUGCUGGAGAAGGACUCUGAGGAGUUAGACGCAAGAUUGGGUGAUAUAUUCCAAACGGGUAACGGUACGGGACUUGUGCUAUUCAAUGACACAUCGCAAUCGCAACAUAAUGAAGUUAUGUUUAAAGUGCAAAGAUCACCCGACGGCAAACUGAACGUGAUUUUUAACGAUUUUCUCAUUUUCCAGACGACAACAGCCGCAUCGCCCACACAUAAUCAAAAGAACCCUAAAACGCAACAGAAUUCUAAUGAGAGAAAUGAUGCGAUUAUUUUUCCCGAUGUAGAUGAUUAUUACUGCAAUGAACGACGUGAGGGUAAACCCUAUUGCACGGAGGUACCGAACUAUGCUGAAUUAGCGGGAUUGGACGACAUCAGUCCGGAAAGUUUUGAGCAAUUCAAAUCGUAUUUUAAGGAUGAUCAUCUUCAACCGAUUAACGUAACGCAACGCAUGAACUCGGAACCGUUGGAGGAGUACCUAUGCCCCAGCAGUUCACGUUUGAUACAUCCCAAGACAGCCGAAGCGAAGGGAUCAAAGUGGGUAACGCUCGUACAAGAUGCAAACCAUCAACAGGGUAUCGUAGUAGAACUAUGCGACGAAGAGGAGAAGCCUUGCCGUUAUUUUGACUCCUUACCAAAAUCAUAUCAAACGCGCUGCAAACAGAAUUACGUGUAUCGUACGGUUGUUGUGGUCGUGGAUGGCAAAAUGCGUGAGGAGCAAGUGAAAAUGCCGAAUUGCUGUAAAUGUGCCGUGCGAAAUACACUAUUUUCUUGAAACUGAAAUGGACUAAUGUAAUUACUAUGCACACACAUGCACACGAAAUAUACAUAUAUAAACAACUGCAUAUUGGAAAGCUCAGAUUGGAGCCUUGAAAGUUUGUUAAGUGUGACAAAAAUAAAUAAAAACAUAAAAAUGUAAACGCUAUUAAAUUUAACUUCUUAAGAUUUUAUAUGUAUGAAAAUUGUUGUUGUAUUAAGUAGAAUAUAUUUAUAUUAAUUUUAAUUUAAUUCCAGGUGCCAAUAGCUAAGAGUAAAAAGUAUCUAACAUAAAUAAGUGUUUAUUUAGUAAUUGAAAAAUUGUAUAAAAAUUAUAAUAUUACAAAUACCGAUGU